AUGGAGGAUAUCAUCGAGGUUGACUGGGAUUAUGAAGGCGAUGACUUCGAUUACGCCAGUGGCACUACUUCUUUGAAGUCUAGUGCUCUGUCGUACGUCUAUGAGAAUGGGAGACGAUACCAUGGGUGGCGCCAAGGUCGAUAUGCUAUGCCGAACGAUGAAGACGAGCAAAACCGGAUGGACCUCCAGCAUCACGUUUGCCUAUUAGCCCUCGAUGGCAACCUCCAUGCGGCGCCGAUCGAAGAUCCGAGGAGAAUUUUAGAUCUCGGGACGGGAACAGGGAUUUGGGCGAUAGAUGCCGCGGAUGCCUAUCCACGGGCGCGUGUUAUCGGCACAGACUUGUCACCAAUUCAACCUUCACUCGUGCCACCGAACCUCCAUUUCGAAGUCGAUGAUAUCGAAGAAACAUGGGAAUUCGCCGAUAAUACGUUUUCCUAUAUUCACAUCCGCCAACUUACCGGCUUCAUAAAAGACUGGGCCCGCUUGUAUGCGCAGGCACUUCGCUGCCUGAAGCCUGGAGGAUACUUCGAAAUACAGGACUUUGUUGACCCCUUUUGCUGCGAUGAUGGAUCGCUGCCCAAAGACAACAUUCUGAGAAAAUGGCCAGAGUAUUGGAUUCAGGCGGCGAGAGCGGCCGGUUAUCCGAUGCCCGGAACGAGUCAUGUGGAAGCUAUGGAGGCAUCAGGGUUCGAGGCUGUGGACAGCAAACGUGUAAAAAUACCUUGUGGCCCCUGGCCGAAGGACAAGGCCGCAAAAGUGCUAGGAAUAUACUAUCUCCAACAUGGUAUCGAGGGUGGAGAGAGCCUCUCAAUGGGAAUGUUCACGAGGUAUUUGGGAUGGACAAAGAAACAAGUGGAUGACUUUUUGGACGAGGCGUUACGCGAAUUGAAGAAUCCGAAGUACCAUACGUACGGAUCAUACCUCUGCGUCUGGGGGAGGAAACCGGUAGUUGGGGGUCGAUAA